GAGAAAAAUCUUGAGCUGGUCCAACUGUUGAUUGAGCGCGAUGGACUCCAUAUGGAGCAUGACUCGCUGCUUGUAGAUAUCGACGAUUUCACUGAGCAUGAAGCUGAGUGUGCUGCUCUGGAUUUUCCACAUCUUCUCGGCAUGAUGGACGGACGCAUAGCAGCAGCUACGAGAAGCUCACCUUGUACGACUCGUCCACCUGGUGACGUCUCGUCCAUCGGUGCUCCCACACCAGCUCCGACCCCAACGAGCCCAACCAAAGCGUUUGUUGCCCAACUACCGAAGUCUCUCUCACGAUUCGUGCUCUUCCGACGUUGA